AUGUCAGGGUGGAUGAUGGAUUUUUCUCGAGUUCCUAAGGACACCAAGUCCCUCAAGAAUGGUUUGACGAACGCCUCCGAAAUUACAGCAGCAAGAGCGGAGCAUCUGGUUGACGCUCUCAUUGAAUGGCCUUCCUCGCGCACGCCAGAUCUCGUCGCCCUCCUCACUGCGAUAUCGAAAACCACGGAUAACCUCCAUUGGAAUGAGGCCGUCGAUGAUGACGAGGAGUUCCUCGCCUGCGAUGGAGUUCCUUACAUCAAUAUGGUCUGGAGGGAUGCGAAUUGGAUGAUGAUGCACGUUAUCAUCAAAAAGUGUUCCAAGAGCGACGAUUUCGAAACUUCCAAACGAAAUGCUCGUGAUAACUACCUCAAAACACAAGAUGUUGAAGCACAGCCUCGUGGCAGCGGGGCUAGGUCCAUUUGA